CAGACAUAUCUCUCACUUCCAUCCCACCACACUCAGACAGACCCUUAAACCCUCCAAACCCCCCAAAAAGGCAAAGGCAAAGCACAGACAGCACACCACCUCUCCGAACUUGCCCUUUAUUUUUCAUUGAAAGCCGAAAGUUAUCCAAACCAAAAGCAAAAAAAAAAAAAAAAAAGCAAAAGAAACCCAAAAACAACAACGUCCUACUCAACUCAACAGGACUUACAAGAACAAGUCCAAGAAACAAGACCUUUUUAAAAAAAAAAAAAAAUUGCUCCAUUUAAUGUUUUAACGUAAACGCCAAACACAGAAGUAAAAAAAGAAAGGGAGGAGAAGGAUAAGUUAGUAUAGGUAGGGUGAUGGCAGGUGAAGGAGUUUCAAGAGAAACCCAGAUGUCUAUAGAAGCUUCUUCAAUGUUUCCAGGGUUUAGAUUUUCACCAACUGAUGUUGAAUUGAUUUCUUACUACUUGACAAAGAAGCUGGAGGGCUAUGAGAAGUGUGUUGAGGUCAUUCCUGAGAUUGAAAUUUGUAGAUAUGAGCCUUGGGACUUACCAGACAAAUCUGUCAUAAAGUCGGAUAACGAGUGGUUCUUCUUUUGUGCUCGUGGGAGGAAGUAUCCAAACGGUUCACAAAGUAGACGCGCAACCGAACAGGGUUACUGGAAAGCCACAGGGAAAGAACGUAAUGUCAAGUCGGGUUCUAACGUGAUUGGUACGAAAAGAACUCUAGUGUUCCACACAGGUCGUGCACCAAAAGGGGAAAGAACAGAAUGGAUCAUGCAUGAAUAUUGCAUGAAUGGGAAGUCCCAGGAUUCCCUAGUUGUUUGCCGCCUCAGGAAGAAUAGUGAGUUUCGUCUGAAUAACACAUCAAGCCGGGCUCCUCGGACUGCACCGCAGUUGUCACCUAUGCAUGACAGCAACUGUGCUACCUCAAAUGGUGGUGCUGACCAGACUGGCACUUACAAAGGGGACAAAGCCUAUUUGAAGAAGGGUACUAGUAGUUACGAUUCUCAUUCUAUUGAGCAAUUCGAUUCCGCAUCCGAAUCCGAGCAAAAACUUUCCAAUGAAAUCGGACCAACAGACUCUUCUACACCUCAGAAGGAUUCCGAUGCUGAAGAAGAUUACUUUGCUGAGAUACUGAAAGAUGAUAUAAUCAAGCUUGAUGAAACACCCUUGUCAGCUAGACCAGAUAUCUCGCCUAGGAUUGCGAGCAGUUCAGACACGGGUCAGAGGAGACGUGAGCAGCCAAGGAAAGAGAAUGAACCCCACGUAGCCCAUUUACAGGGCACGGCAAACCGGAGAAUCAAAUUGAGGAAGCCUAAAGCAGGAGACUAUGUGGUGGCUGCAAAAGGAUCGACAGAGUUAGAACGGGGUGUUGGGGAGAUGUCAAUUGAGAAACUAACAUCUCCCAAGUCUGGGGACUCACCAAAAUGGUUGUUGUCUUUGUUUUCACCGUCGACUGCCAAUCUCCGCUUCAUUUAUGCAACUUUUGUCAUCCUUACUUUGGUGGCUUUGUUUCUUACAGUUUUAUUAGGAGGGUUCCAAGCCUGUAAAAAGCUUCAGAUAUAUGCUACUUUGUUGAACAACUUGUUGCUUUAUUCUUUACUAGGAAAAAGGAAAAUCAAACUCAAAAAGAAGAAAAAAAAAACAAAAACAAAAUAUGUGUUGAUCCUUCAUAUAUCACUUAAACUUCCACAGGAGGAAUCGGGUUUUAUAGGGAGUUACAUGGCGAUUUCAAGACCCAUGUUACUUGUUUUCCUAUUGCUUAUACUCAUAAUGACCUCCCAGUUUGAGUGGAGACAUCAAAUUGUCGACUUUGACAUGACCCCUAUUGUUACUCGGAAGCAGCAACAAAUUUCCAGAAGGGAAGAAGCUGUGAAGGAAAAGAUCAUCUUAUCACAAGAGAAGAACAUUCAGAGACUUCGGGAACUUGUGUGGAGCCUUCAGCAGCAACUUUUGCAGUGCAAGGGCAAUAACAAGACAAAUGACACUAUAAGCCAUUUAACUGAACAUGUUCUUGAGCUCGAGAGGCAGCAAAUCUUGGAGGACUAGACUAUGAUAUCUCAAAACAUAUGUUGCGAUUGCGGUGUGUUGGUGUUUGUAAAAUGCUUGUUUACCCAUGCAAGUGCAAGUUUGAAGUUGUAAGUUAUAUGGCUUCUUUCAACCCCUCUUAUCCUAUCCACCUCUUUUAAAAUGAAGCAUUGAAGCUUUGAACAAUAUAGAUUGUCCAUCCUAAUUUUUAAAUGACUACAGUUCUUUGACUUACCUGCUUUGACGCUAACUAAUCAUCUGGUGUUAUAACAUGUUGGAAAUUAGGGGAAUUUGCAUAAGAUGUAGUUCCAAACUUAGAACUCUGAACUUAACAGAGAAUGGAUGUGAUUCUUUAUGAUGCUAUGAGCAAUUUUCUUAGGGUGUUCCAAA